AUGGAGGGCGAGCGCCUGGCAUCUCCGGCGCGCUCCUCCGGCCUCCCGGCUGGGGGCGCCGGUGGGGAAAGCCCGGGGGUCGACGCCCCCCUCCUGGGCAGCAGCGGCUCCUCCACCCUGCUCCAGGCCGAGGUGCUGGAUCUGGACGAGGACGAGGACGACCUGGAGGUGUUCAGUAAGGAUGCCUCGUUGAUGGACAUGAAUUCCUUCAGCCCUAUGAUGCCAACGUCCCCUCUAUCAAUGAUUAACCAAAUCAAGUUUGAAGAUGAGCCAGAUUUGAAAGAUCUUUUCAUUACAGUUGAUGAACCUGAAAGCCAUGUUACCACAAUUGAAACUUUCAUUACUUACAGGAUUAUUACUAAGACAUCUCGUGGGGAAUUUGACUCCAGUGAAUUUGAAGUUAGGAGACGUUAUCAAGAUUUCCUUUGGUUGAAAGGAAAACUUGAAGAAGCACACCCCACUCUGAUUAUUCCACCAUUGCCUGAGAAGUUUAUCGUGAAAGGUAUGGUGGAACGCUUUAAUGAUGACUUCAUUGAAACACGGAGGAAGGCGCUACAUAAGUUCCUGAACCGAAUUGCUGAUCACCCGACUCUAACAUUUAAUGAAGACUUCAAAGUAUUUCUUACUGCACAAGCUUGGGAGCUCUCUUCUCACAAGAAACAAGGGCCUGGAUUACUCAGCAGGAUGGGGCAGACAGUCAGAGCUGUUGCACUGUCAAUGAGAGGAGUAAAAAGCCGCCCAGAAGAGUUCAUGGAAAUGAAUAACUUUAUUGAAGUUUUUAGCCAGAAAAUAAAUUUGAUAGACAAAAUAUCUCAGAGAAUUUACAAGGAAGAAAGGGAAUAUUCUGAUGAAAUGAAAGAAUAUGGCCCAAUUCAUAUUCUGUGGUCAGCGUCAGAAGAAGAUCUGGUUGAUACUCUGAAAGGGAUUGCCAGCUGCAUUGACAAAUGCUCUAAGGCCACUGAAAAACGGAUGUCUGGACUCUCAGAGGCCCUGCUUCCUGUAGUACAUGAGUAUGUGCUUUAUAGUGAAAUGUUAAUGGGUGUUAUGAAAAGGAGAGACCAAAUACAAGCAGAACUGGAUUCCAAAGUGGAAGCUUUGACCUAUAAAAAGGCAGAUACUGAUCUGCUUACAGAAGAGAUUGGAAAACUUGAAGAUAAAGUUGAAUGCGCUAAUAAUGCCCUGAAAGCAGACUGGGAAAGAUGGAGACAUAAUAUGCAAAAUGAUAUCAAGUCAGCAUUUACAGAUAUGGCUGAGGAGAAUAUCCAGUAUUAUGAACAGUGCCUUGCUACAUGGGAAUCCUUCCUUGCAUCACAGACUGACCUCCACUUGGAAGAAACCUCUGAAGAUAAACUCAAGAACCUACUUGAGGAUCGCCUGUGUUUGAUGGGAGACAAAGGCUAA